CUCGCACGCAUCAGUGGUAGUAUAAGGAAGACAGAGAGAAUUAUUACGGUGGUGGUAGGUAGUGUAGGAAGUAAACAGGAGGAAGAAAAAUAAUAAACAAAGUUCGCCAUCGCUUUGGAAUGUGAAUUCACAAUUAAUUAGAUAGCAAAUCGAAAAUAGUUCUCGUGGAAUUUAAUUGUAUUUUUAAAUCGUUUACGAUUAGCAGGAAAAGGUAUCAGUCAGUUGUGAUAAUAAAUCCAACUCGGUUGAAAAUCAAAAUCUCAGUUCGGAGUGACUUAGGCUACCAAUCAGGUGGAUUUGCAGUCAAAGUAAAGUCGAUCGUAAGUAGUACCAGUGAGAAAUUAUCUAAACUAGGAAAGCAAAAUUUAGUAAUUAUACUUGAGUAGCAGUUCCACGGAAAAGUCGCUGACAAAAGUAGGGUAGUUGAACCAUACUUCAACACCCAAAUAUAAGGAAUCGAGGAGCAUUGGUACAGUGGGAGAAACCAGUUUAUUUUUCAGCAUUGCUGAAAACAAAUCAGCUGCUUCGGAAAAACUUGGUUUCCCUAUCGGGAACAAACUGAAAAAUAAACUGAAAUAAGUAGUGUUCAGUGAGUUUGUAGUGCCUGCAACAUGCAAUCCGGUUCCGAAUCCGUGAAGGACAAAACGGUCCUAAAUCUCACGGAAACGCCAUGCGAAAUAUGUGGUCCGUCAACGCAUGAUGAGGAAAUGGUAGGGUGUGACGGUUGUUCGGGAUGGUUCCAUUCCCGUUGCGUAGGCAUCGCCGAGGGCAAUUUUCCGAAAAAGUGGUUUUGCCCAAGCGACGCCUGUCAGGAGAUGGCCAAGGAGUCUCAGAAGAAGAAGACCGUCAAGAAGCAUCAGACCCGUAGCCAGAGAGAAGCCGAUGAAUCCGACAAAUCCAGCAAGAAUGCCUAUUUAGCUGUCUCUAGUGUGGAAGCAAAGGUGCGUGCACUAGAGGAGCGACAGAAGCAGCAGAUGGAGGAGCUGGAGGUUGAAAUGCAGCUGCGGAAGAAGAAGAAGGAGAUGCAGCGUGCUCUGGAGCGGAAGAAGGCGGAGAUGGAGCUGCAAAUGCAUGCCGAAGAAGAAGAAGAGCAGAGGGCCUGGCAAGCCGAGAUGCUUCAGAAGAAGAAGGAGCAGAUGGAUCGGAUGAAAGCAAGUCAGAAGUCAUUCGAGAGGCAAAUGGCGGCCAUGGACAAGGAGAUGGCAGAUCUUUCGGCUUCCAAGGUGCCCAAGACGUCGUCGAAAUAUGUUGGUGACGAUCUACGAGCGGGAACUUCCAGCAAAACUCAACAAAAUGUGUUGAAGCUGACCCAGAAGAACGUCAAGAUGCUGGCAGAAGACGACGAGGACACCGAAGAGGAAGACGAGGAUACCGAUGAGGAAGAAGAAGCGGAAUCAUCGAGCCGUAGCUCCGAGUCAUCUCUGGAGAAGGGAGCCAAACGGCGCGAUUCGCGGAAGAAGCGGGUGGUGAAAGGAAGCCAAGUUGGGCUAGGACAACAGCAGACCGGACCGACAAAGGCGCAGCUGGCCGCGAGAAAGGGGCUAACAUACAAACCCCCAAAGUUCUCGGGGAAACGCGGCCUACAAAGCGUCCAAUGA